UCACCAGCACUCUAGAUGACAACUUCCGUUUCACCAGAGAGAGCGCGCGGAAAUGAAUUUGAUAAUACGAAAAGAAGUCCACACAACUUUUUAUUUACAUUUAUAUUGAACACUGAUGGUAGAGUAUUCAGAGGAAUGGAUCGGUACGUGCUAGUUGUUUCUUUUAACCAAGAAGAGGAUAAAUGCGUUAAGGCGUUGGAGGCUGCCAAACAGAUCUAUGAUAAACUGGGGAACAUCUCCAGUUGUCCUUCAAAAAGGAGGGUUUCUCUGUUUCCAGCCUGCUCUCUGAGUGGUGGUCCAGCCUCACAGAGGUGGUAUUUUGCUGUCCAGGCAUGCCAUGGGACAUCUCAGUUCUGCAGUACAGAGUGGGAGGAGCUGGGUAGUUAUCAGAAGAACGAUGACCAGGAGGAAAGCCCCAGCACUAUGGAGGCCUGUCUCAGUGCUCUGGAUGACCAGGAGGAGAAGACUGACCAGCCUGAACCACAGCAGACACAGUUGUAUGAAGAGGCAGCAGAGGGACUACACCAGUUAUCAGACAAGCUUCCCCCCUCCAGCUGA